UUUCACAUCCCUAGUUCAAGCAAAAGCCGUCAAAUCAUCGUCGAAAAUAAUAAGUUCGUUUUGCAUACAUAUUUCGCUUACAAAUUGAUCUAUCACAAUGAGUACAAUUGGCACAGGUUACGAUUUGUCCGCUUCACAAUUCUCGCCGGACGGACGAGUGUUUCAAAUUGACUAUGCUUCGAAGGCUGUGGAAAAAUGGGGCACAGUGAUCGGUUUGCGAGGCAAGAACGGUGUUGUCCUGGCCGUUGAGAAGAUCAUCACCAGCAGUUUGCAUGAACCGGAUGCCGGCGGACGCAUUUUUACCAUUGAGCGGAACAUUGGCAUGGCUGUUGCCGGACUUAUGGCUGAUGCCAACUACAUUGCUGAUAUUGCUCGCCAGGAAGCGGCCAAUUUCCGUCAGCAGUUUGAGAAGCCCAUUCCCUUGAAGCAUUUGUGUGAUCGGGUUUCCGGUUAUAUACAUGCAUACACAUUAUACAGUGCCGUGCGUCCGUUUGGUAUUUCCGUACUUUUGGCUUCGUGGGACGAAACAGAUGGACCACAGCUGUAUAAGAUUGAGCCGUCCGGGUCGUCGUUUGGCUACUAUGCUUGUGCCAGUGGCAAGGCGAAGCAGCAGGCCAAGACAGAAAUGGAAAAAUUCAAAUUCGCCGAAAUGGACACAGAGACACUGGUUAAGAGAGCCGGUGAAAUUAUUUACCGUGUUCACGAUGAGCUCAAGGAUAAGAACUUCCGGUUUGAAAUGGGCCUGGUGGCGCAGGAAACGCAAGGAACUCACUGCAUUAAUCAUGAAUUGUAUACCUUGUCGGCUAGGAACGCUGGCGAAAGUGCAAAGGAUGAUGAUGAUGGCAGCGACAAUGAGGGACCACAAUAAUUUUGUUUUGGUAUUGAAUCUAAUUCUGGGCCGCAAAUAUAACUAAAUUUAAUUAUAUACAUAUAUUUUGCCUAAUGAAA